GGCUUCACUCGCAAUGUCUGCAGAUGAACCGCAAUCAUUCAGAAUCCGAACUGCUGCAAAGAAAAAAAAGAACCGAAAACAGAAGCCUAUCGCUCCUUCUAAAAAAGACUUGAAGCGUCAGCAAAGCCAUGCCGAAUUGGCUCAUCUAAAAGAGCAAACGAAAUGCGAGAGUCUGAUUCUUGGCAUUCAAGACUUGAAGUUUUUUGCUCAGCUUCCACUUUCAAAACCGACACAACAAGGACUUUCCAAGUGCAAUUUUGUUCAGUUUACGGAAAUUCAAAAAGCCUCGUUACCCUUUGCGCUCUGCAGUCGAGAUGUGCUAGGUGCAGCUAAAACUGGAUCAGGAAAAACACUAGCAUUUAUUUUGCCUGUUCUAGAAGUGUUGUACAGGGAAUCAUGGUCUCAGAUGGACGGUGUCGGUGCUGUUAUUAUCUCGCCUACUCGUGAACUUGCUUUGCAAAUAUUUGAUGUGCUGCGCAAAGUUGGUCGGUAUCAUUCUCUCUCUGCUGGCUUGCUAAUUGGUGGCAAGGACCUCAAGUCAGAGCAAGACCGUGUUGCUCGCAUGAAUAUAUUGGUAUGCACUCCUGGAAGAUUGCUGCAGCACAUGGAUCAAACACCCGAGUUUAUAUGUGAUAAUUUGAAACUUCUCGUUUUGGAUGAAGCCGAUCGCAUUCUAGACAAUGGGUUUGAAAAAACUAUCAAUGCAAUCAUAGCAAAUUUGCCAAAAUCUCGACAAACACUCUUAUUUUCGGCUACACAAACCAAGUCUGUUCGUGAUCUUGCUCGUCUCAGUCUACAGAAUCCAGAAUACGUGGCUGUUCACGAUAAUGCCGAACAGAGCACACCAAAAAAUUUGAUUCAAAAGUACUUGGUGUGCACACUUGAUAAAAAACUAGACAUUCUUUUUUCAUUCAUCAAGACGCAUCUGAAGCAGAAAAUACUCGUGUUUCUUUCUAGCUGCAAACAGGUACGGUUUGUUUUUGAAACAUUUUGCAAAAUGCAGCCUGGUAUGCCUCUUUUGUGUCUUCACGGAAAGCAAAAACAAGCCAAGCGAGUCGCUAUUUUUGAACAAUACUGUCGUAAACAAGGUGCGUGUUUGUUUGCAACCGACAUAGCUGCUCGUGGUCUUGAUUUCCCAGCAGUAGACUGGGUAGUUCAGGUUGACUGUCCAGAAGAUGCUGCUACAUAUAUCCAUCGUGUUGGUCGUACAGCCAGAUACGAAUCUCACGGCCAGGCUCUUUUGCUUCUUCUUCCAUCUGAAAAGGAUGCUAUGCUUCUUUCUCUUGAACAAAAAAAAGUGCCCAUUACAGAAAUCAAAGUCAAUCCUUCCAAAACCAUUUCUAUCCAAUCGCAGCUAUCUGCUCUUUGCACUCAAUCUCCUGAUAUCAAAUAUCUGGGUCAAAAGGCAUUUAUUUGCUACUUGAGAUCAAUUUAUCUUCAAGCCAACAAAAGCAUUUUUAAUGUUGAACAAAUGCCUGUUGAUCUCUUUGCUGAAUCUUUGGGAUUACCCGGUGCACCCAAGAUCAAAUUUAUUCAAAAACUUGCAGGAAAAAAUGUUUCACGACAGAUUCAAAAAUCCAUGAGCAUGAUGGAUUCUGAUGACGAUAACGAGGCGUCGAGUGCCUUGCAACCCAAAUCCAAAGCACUUGAAAAGGAGCAUCCCAAAGAUACAGACACGGCUGAUCUACUUUCUCCAAAAGUGCCCAAAAAAGUGAAAACUCGAGUUGAUAAAAUGUUUGAAAAAAAGAAUCUGACAGUGCUUUCGGAACAUUAUGCCAAACUCAAAAACCAAAGUGAAUCAGAUACCAAUGACGAUGAACAAGACUUUUUACAAAUCAAACGUGCAAAUCACGAUAUUGACGACAAGGAUAUAUCAAGCCAUGCAUCUGCUCAAGAAAUUACUCAUCGACAGCGACUCAAGUUAAAAAAGAAGGCUUUGGCUCAACUUGGGCUAAGCAAAAAGGUUAUUUUUGACGAGGAAGGUAAUCCUGUCAAUGCAUUCCAAAUGGAAACUUUGGACGAGUUUGAAAAGUCGCAGGAUAUUGCUUCAAGACAGAAAGGAUAUAUAGAAACAUCCACUGCUGCCAUGAAAGAAGCAGAUGAAAUGGAUCGCAUUGUUCAUCGAGCAAAACUUGCAGAGAGAAAACGAACUCAAAAACAAAAGGAAAAAAACUUGCGUCGUGAAGAGAGUGGUCCUAGUUUCCAAGUUACGUUGGGCUCACGCGAUGACGAUCCAUCCAACGACGGUUUUAUUGAUGCAUUCAGCGGUAGCGAUUACCAUUCCGACGCUUCCUACAAUGAUGACACAGCUUCUCUCAAUUCGUUCCAGAAAUAUGAAUUGUCAAUGGAGGAAAACGAUGGUGCAUCUCAGGAUCAGACCAAAACUGCUUCCAAACGUCAUCGUGACCUACAAACCGAUGCUGAUUACAAGGUACUCGAGCCAGUUGAAAAAAGAACCAAACGACCCAAAGUACUGGACAGUAUGAACACCCAAUCGCUUGAAGAUUUGGCGUUGGAACUGCUUGGCCAUUAGUCCAAGUAUAUUAUCUUUCAUAUAAUAAACACUACCAGUAAGUUGGUUUU